UGCAGUGCUGCCUGGAAGCUCCAGGGUGCAGCGGCCAUGGAGGUGCCAGUCGGCGGCGGUGACCUCAGCAGCAGCCACAGCAACAGCCCAGCCCAGGGUCAAAAGCACGAAACCGCAAGUGCAGCCGGAGAAGAGGAAGCCCAGGACGGGGAUCCUGAUGCUGAACAUGGGCGGUCCGGAAACCCUGGGGGACGUUCACGACUUCCUGCUUAGGCUCUUCCUGGACCGGGACCUCAUGACGCUCCCAUGGCAAAAUAAGCUGGCACCCAUCAUCGCCAAGCAACGCGCCCCCCGGAUCCAAGAGCAGUACCAGAGGAUCGGUGGCGGGUCCCCUAUCAAGAUGUGGACGUCAAAGCAAGGAGAAGGGAUGGUGAAACUGCUGGAUGAACUGUCCCCCAGCACAGCCCCUCACAAAUACUAUAUUGGAUUUCGGUACGUCCAUCCUUUAACUGAAGAAGCAAUUGAAGAGAUGGAGAGAGACGGACUUGAAAGGGCGAUUGCCUUCACACAGUAUCCGCAAUACAGCUGCUCCACCACAGGCAGCAGCUUAAAUGCCAUUUAUCGAUACUACAACGGCGUGGGGAAGAAGCCAGCCAUGAAGUGGAGUGCCAUUGACAGAUGGCCCACGCAUCCCCUCCUCAUCCAGUGCUUUGCGGACCACGUUCUCAAAGAACUGGACCACUUUCCACCCGAGAAGAGGAGCGAGGUGGUCAUCCUCUUCUCCGCUCACUCGCUGCCCAUGUCCGUGGUCAACAGAGGGGACCCCUACCCUCAGGAGGUCGGGGCCACUGUCCAAAGAGUCAUGGAUAAGCUGGGCUACUCCAAUCCCUACCGACUGGCGUGGCAGUCCAAGGUGGGCCCGAUGCCCUGGCUGGGCCCUCAAACCGACGAGGCCAUCAAGGGGCUUUGCCAGAGGGGCAGGAAGAACAUCCUGCUGGUCCCGAUCGCGUUCACGAGCGACCACAUUGAGACGCUGUAUGAGCUGGACAUCGAGUACUCGCAGGUCUUGGCCAAGGAGUGUGGUGUGGAGACCAUCAGACGCGCAGAGUCCCUGAAUGGAAACCCUUUGUUCUCGAAGGCCCUGGCCGACCUGGUGCUCACGCACCUGCAAUCCAACCAGCGCUGCUCCACCCAGCUGACACUGAGCUGCCCGCUCUGCGUGAAUCCCGUCUGCCGAGAGAUGAAAUCCUUCUUCUCCAGCCAGCAGCUGUGACCCCCAGCCCUCCACCUCCCUGGCUCCCCCCACCUCCCCCGACGGCUCGGGAGAAAUCAUGGAGCGCUCCAUGAAGCCGCUCCGUGGGAAAACCACGGGUUUCCCCAAGGGUGGGCCCCUCGGGUUCUUAUAUUUUUCUACACCACCAAUAAGCUUUCGACUCCUCCUCUCUGGGUGAAGGCACUGGUUUGGAAAGCCCACCGGGCCUUCGUUUGUUUGUUUUGAAUAAUGAGCUUUAGAAGUCUUCCCUGUGAGACGCGCACAUUUUUAAGACAGGGUUUAGUUCCUGGUGCCCGCUUGGCAUCCUGGAAGGCUCAGGAGAGGCCCCCACAUCUGGGGGCCAUCCGUCUAGGGGAGUGGGGUCUCUCCUGUCUCAUGCCUCUGAGUGAGGGCUUCAGCUAGAUCGUUCGUGGGAAAAUGGAAUGAAAAGACAAUGGGAUUUCCCCACCAGCGGUCUGCAGCCCCCUGGUAUCUGAGGAUGUGAGUGACGGCCCGUCACUGCCUCGUCCUUCCCCGAGCCGGCCUUGGUCAGCCCCCCGUGAGGGCUGUCCUGCCUGUUCCAGCUCGGUGGCCCCACAGGACAGAGUACAACUGCCCUGGUAGGCUCUUCCCACAGAGCUGGCGGGGGGUGGGGGGGGACCCACCAACCUCUCAGCUGGUCACCAAGCACCUAGCCAGUGAUGCCAGGAGGAAGAGGCGGCUUCACGCCUUUGAUGUGAGCCUCUCGCGUGCACAGGCUCCACGCAUGUGUUGCAGCUGCUCAGAGAUGUGCAGACAUGCACUGCACCUCAUAGGUGCUGUGGUAGGAAGUAGGGCCCACAGGGCAGGAGCCCUUACCACCCCGUUUCCAAGGACAGUGGUUCUGGAAGGUGCUCCUGCCCACCCCAAACUCUUCCCCCAUCUCCAUCACAGUUGAAUGUCUGCCAUCGGCAUAGCUGUUUGAAGAAUUGUUUCAUAAAGUCCAUUGGGUUUUGUAACCUUGAACUACCAUUUUUUAAUUGCACAAAUUAUGUAGCCGUGCUACAGACACCUGAAAACCAGAAGUUAACCACCGGGCGUCACCACCUAUCACGUCUUUGGGUUUUGUUGCCAUCUCGGCCUGAGAUGAUGCCCUUGCCAGCAUUGCCCCCUGGAAUUUGUGAAUGGCAGGUGGUUGUAAGAGUAAACAUAAAAUGGCAUCAGGAUCGUGGAUUUCAAUGGAUUAAAGAACUCUCUGAUGGCUCUGCAAA